AUGGUAUUUGGGUUGGGCUGGAUACGUUCCAAGGUUGACAACUAUGUCCCGAUCAAGCCUAUCAAAUUCAGAUCUAAAAACGGUGACUCCCUGCUGACUCUUCCGGAUAUCAUCAAAUCCAAAGUGCCAGAGUUGGCUCAAGACUCGUCGUUCUACAUCAACCCGUUACUUUCUUCAGGCCACACACAAACGGCCUAUACUGCGCUCAACAAGUUUGAACAUGUUGACCAGAUCCAUUACAAGCGGGUCAUCCUAAAUGUUGAAAACAAGACAUAUAAUGUUGAUGGAGAUGACAUUCACUACGAUAGAUGGGAAGGCACGUCUACUAUAGCUUUGGACUAUGUUCAACCUCUGAGUUUAUUUCCCGAUGUGAACCAUGAGCAGUACAAACCGGCUCACCAGAUCCGCGAUUUACCACCUCGGACCGAGUACCUCGACCCGUCUAAGGAGCAAGAGCUCUUGGCUGACAACUCCAAGCCUCUCUUGAUUGCCUUACAUGGACUUUCUGGAGGUUCGUACGAGUCUUACAUACGUGCAAUUUUGGGAACUAUCUCCGAGGAACCAUACAAUUUCGAUGCCAUGGUUCUAAAUUCCCGUGGUUGUGCCAACCAUACGAUCACGUCUCCCCAGUUGUAUAACGGUAUCUGGACCAACGACUUGCGCUACCUCAUCAACGAGCAUAUAAAGCGCAAGUGGCCGAACAAGCGUAUUUUCCUCAUAGGGUUUUCCCUUGGAGGUGCCAUUCUCGCAAACUACUUGGGCCAGGAAGCUUCAACUGUUUACCACAAUAUCAAGGGCGCCACCAUCGUAGGAACCCCAUGGGAUUUCCCGGACAGUUCCAGACAUCUCCGUGACAGCAUUAUUGGCUAUAAUGUGUAUUCACCUACAAUGUGUCAGAGUUUAUUGAAAUUAUUGGAUGCUCAUGACGAAAACUUGAAGGAUGAUCCCAUCAUCUCGGACUUCAGGGAAAACCCAGACAAAUACUCUGUGACCAAGUUGAAGGAAUUUGACCACUACUUCACUUCCAGGAUGUUUGGUUUGAACACCGCUGAAGCUUACUACAGACACGCUUCACCAGUUCAGAGAUUGCACAAUGUGCGUGUGCCUGUAGUGAUUCUCAGCUCUAAGGAUGACCCAAUCACUGGAAACAGAACGUUACCUAUCAGUGAAGUCAGCAUGAACCCAUACACCACCUUAAUCACCACUACCACCGGGGGCCAUUUAGGCUGGUUCACUAUCAACGGUGGAAGAUGGUACCCUGGCCCAAUUUCCAAGUUGAUAAGCGAACUUGAUAACAACUGGGAAGUAGACCCAGAAAGCAUCGACGACAAGGAUCUUCCUUUCGAUGAGAGGAAGAGCUUCAAGCACGACAGACUCGUGUAUGGUAUGAUCUAG